UAUCCCAAAUCUCCAACAGCCUUGACGACUGAUUUUUUUCCCUUCUCUUUCAUACCUUUGCGCUCAACACUUCUUUUCCCCCUGUCGCUCAUUAUCGAUUGGGAUCUUACACUUCGAUUGUCUUGUUCUUUGGACUCUCAUUUUCCUGCUCUUCUGUUUACUUUGGAGACAGUUGGAGGGCUCAAAGGCAUCCAAAACCCGACUUGCGCCGAUCCAAAUACCACAUGCUCCUGUCCUUUUAUUAAUGAAUGCGAUUCUACUUCUGUCACCCUUUUGCGAUAUCAAUCUUACGACCCGUCACGACUAGUCACGAGCAUCUUCUUCUCUAUCCUCUAUCGUUCUCCAUCUAUUUUGCAGCAAUUAUAAUCCAUCCCCGACAGGCAUUUUCACACCUUUUACGGUGUGCCCGUCUUUACUCCCUGAACGGUGCUCCGAUUCUUGUUCGAAGCUCACGCCAGACUCGAGUUGGGAUCUCUGCUACAGGAUAACCUGUUCUGACAUUCUCAUCCAAUCUACCCAGGGAUUUGGCCUCUGGCUUGGCUUCUCAACUCUAAAGAUUCCUCUUAACAAAUCUAUCUCAUAUCGUUCUGUUCUAGCAAUGGCCACCCCGGAGGCGCCGCGACAAUACGUCCCUCUGACUUGCCAUGGGCAUUCCCGUCCUGUUCCGCACAUCAGUUUCUCACCUUUAGAGAAGGAUGAUGUUUACUACCUGAUCUCGGCUUGUAAAGACGGUAACCCUAUGCUUCGUGACGGCCAGACCGGUGACUGGAUUGGUACAUUCAUAGGCCAUAAAGGUGCCGUCUGGCAAGCCAGGCUUAGUCCUGAUGCCGCAACUGCUGCAACUGCUUCCGCAGACUUCACUGCAAAAAUUUGGGAUACACAUACCGGCGAACUCCUGUAUACUCUUCAACACGACCAUAUCGUACGAGCCGUUGCCUACCCACCCGACAAUUCCGACCUCGUUGCCACCGGCGGGAUGGAAAAGAAGCUGCGCAUUUUCGACUUGACAGAGAUGAAGCCCAGGUCUGCGCCCGAGGCCGGUGCGAAUGGAAACAAUCCCGAGCCUGCUAUCGUACCGUCCACCAUUCAAGCCUCCUCGGCUUUCGAGAUAGGGGCUGGUAUCCACACCGCCUCUAUCAAAUUCAUAGUUUGGACUAGAGAUCCGAAUAUCCUCAUCACCGCUUCUGACAACACACUCCGCUGGUUUGACUUGCCUACUAGGAGCGUGGUGAAGCAGGAAGUCUUGGACGGAGAAAUUGGUUCCUGCGAGUUUUGCGCCCUGGCUCCAGAAUUUACGUCCAAGACGGACAUCGGCGAGGGGUUACCAGUCCUCGCGGUAGCUGCUGGGAAAUCUAUUUAUUUCUGGGGAGGCUUUCGCGCCAUGGACGAGCUGAAGCGCACCAAGAUGAAUUAUAAGGUAGCCAGCGUCGCUCUGGACCCUAAGGGAAGGAAGAUCGUCGUCGGCGAAGAUAUUCCGGCAACGUGGGCAAGAGUCUACAGAUGGGACGACGACACAGAGAUAGACAUCCACAAGGGCCACCACGGACCUGUGUGGUCGGUGGCCUUCUCUCCGGACGGCAAGCUCUACGCCACCGGCUCGGAAGACGGAACAAUCAAGAUGUGGAAGAACUGCGAAGGGUUCUACGGGCUCUGGCGCGGAGGUGCAGGCGGGGGGCCGGAGAGAAACGCCGAGUAGGGUGGCGCGCUUCGUGGAAGACCUUCAACCGCCUCGAGCCGAGAUAGCCCGGAUGCUUCGACGAACUCUACCAAGGUGUCGCUAUAGGAAGCCACGCAUACUCCUAUCCCGACUAAAAUGAGCACCCGAGCAAUUUUAGCACAACGCCUUCUAAACCUUGCCGCCUCGUGAGCAGAAUUCGAGAGAGGAGCAUAUUAGACCAUUUUGGGUCACAAGUAGACAAGUAACUUGAGAUGAUGUUUGCUGGUCAUCUUAUAGUCAUUAGGUAGACGUGUGAGAAUACCAUUGGGACAGGGUAUUAUCGUACUAUCUUGCUUGGAACUGGGGAGCAUAUGUGGCAGUAAGCCCAGAGUAGACAACAAAGAUAUGGUCGUAAUGCAACAUUGCCUUCGUUGUUAGUUUUUGCAGCUGGCGAACUACAUGGUGACUGGUCUCGGUUGAACACUGGCGUAGUAGAUAUUGCAAAGCACGAAAGGAAGAAGGGACUCGGAGCAGCACGGCUUUUUCUCUUGUAAUUAAUACAACAACUGUAAUCGAUCGACCGACAGUAAUAUCCAAAGGGUCUAUAUCUCGUUAGUAGUUAUAUUCAAUGCCUAGGUACCUACU